AGCAACGAACAACAAAGUGUACUCUUGCGUCGCCGCCGCCCGACCUCUGCACUUUUUUUCGGGUUCCCAGGGCCCCCUCCCACCCAAUUGGAGAUACACUGACGUGACUCACCCCGCUCGUGUGUGUGUCCGAAGUGCUAAGAUGUGUUGUUCAGCCGCACUGUUUCGCACAUCAGCAAAACCAUGCCCAUAGCGACGAGAUUUUCUGCGCAACGGCCUUGCGUGGCGUGUGCUGUGUGUAGGAUGGUUGCUACAGCGCGGCGAUUGUGACGUUGACGCACAGGUGCCGGGAACAUGCCGACCUGAGGGUGCGGUAGCAUGUACUACCAUACGAUCAACAGCCGGAACACACUCGACGUAGAGAACCGGGUCGUACUGAAUGUCGGCGGCAUCCGUUUUGAGACGUACAAGACGACACUUAAAAAGAUUCCGGCGACGCGCCUGUCGCGCCUCACCGAGGCCCUGGCUAACUACGACCCCGUUCUCAACGAAUACUUCUUCGACAGACAUCCCGGCGUCUUCGCACAGAUUCUCAACUACUACCGAACUGGCAAACUUCACUACCCCACCAAUGUCUGCGGACCGCUCUUUGAAGAAGAGCUAGAAUUCUGGGGCUUGGACGCCAACCAGGUGGAGCCUUGCUGCUGGAUGACAUACACCGUGUACAGGGAUACUCAGGCCACGUUGGCCAUACUAGACACCCUGGACAUUGAGAACGAAAAGCCUAGUGACGAAGAGCUAGCCCGGAAGUUCGGAGUCGAGGACGCCUACUAUGCGGGCAAGAUGUCUUGCUGGCAGAAGAUUAGGCCUCGGAUAUGGCUACUGUUCGACGAGCCUUACUCGUCACUUGCAGCGAAAGUUAUGGCUGUCAUAUCAGUGUUCUUCAUCUGUGUUUCCAUAUUGUCCUUCUGUCUCAAGACGCAUCCCAAUAUGCGUGUCCCUGUGAUCGUGAACCGGACGGUGUCUUCUUUAAAUGAUUCCGCUUGGUUUCUGGACAAAGUCAAAACGGAUGCCCACGAUGCCUUCUUUUACGUGGAAAGCGUCUGUAAUGCUUGGUUCACCUUUGAAAUCACCAUUCGUUUCGUAGUCAGCCCCAAGAAACUAGACUUUGUGCGUGCGCCCAUCAACAUCAUAGACUUCGUCGCGACCAUGUCCUUCUACUCGGACAUGUUACUUCAGCACCUCGCGGCAGACCUAGAGAACGCAGAUAUCUUGGACUUCUUUUCCAUUAUACGAAUCCUCCGGCUUUUUAAGUUAACACGCCAUUCUAGAGGCCUCAAGAUACUCAUACACACUUUCAAAGCAAGCGCGAAGGAACUCUUCCUGCUCGUAUUUUUUCUCGUUUUGGGAAUUGUGAUCUUCGCUAGUUUAGUGUACUAUGCGGAACGGCUGCAAGCAAAUCCGCGCAACGACUUCACAAGCAUACCAGAGGGUCUGUGGUGGGCCAUCGUUACUAUGACGACCGUCGGUUACGGGGACAUGGUGCCCCGUACUUACGUGGGCAUGUUGGUGGGCGCUUUGUGCGCCCUCGCCGGUGUGCUCACAAUUGGCCUCCCUGUUCCCGUCAUUGUGUCCAACUUUACCAUGUUCUACUCGCAUACUCAGGCACGGGAAAAGUUGCCGAAAACACGUCGGCGUUUCGUGGGGGAGCCCAUGACUGCCGGCACGCCUAGUCAGCAAGCACCACCAACAAGGCGAAUGAAUGCGAUUAAGCAUCAUCAUCCCGGUGUGGUUCGGGACUUUGGCAACAAGCCAGGAAUACACAACGGCGUGAAUUCUUCGGACGGGCCCCUAACAGCGCCGACCAGCCCGGGACCUUCGCUUUGCGACGCGUCUGUGACGUAUGCGAGCACCGACCAAUCGUUGAGCCACACCAGGACACGUACCAAGGCUUGCUGACCAAUAUUCGCUCUGGGCGCCUCGCUGUUCAUGUGAAUGCUCUGUGCACCCACUCGUACGGCUCCAGGACUGGAGAGACGGCACGUCGUGCCGCGGUGCCUUCGCCUAUUUCUUUGGCGCAGGACUGACCCUGCGGAAGGAUAUCUACAAAGUUCUAUAUCGCCUUAGGUGCUGUUAAAGUGCCCUAUCUCUGUAAGAUAGUCGAAGCAAUUUUGCACUUCUAGUGUAGCGCCUUGACCUCCGUGUAUUACACAAAGCCUGAAAGCUUCACGGUUCUUCCAUCGAAAGCUUGUGCUGAACUUAGUUUACAUACUUACCGCAAUGAUGCUCGCUGCAUGGCCCAGAAUGGUGUCAAUGUCGCUGGAACGCGUUAAGUGUAAAAUGUGAUAAUAUGACUAAGAGCAAUAAGAUGGUAGCAUAAAGUGCUAUAAAGCAUGUAUUUUGAAGAACUAGAUCGGGGAUAAGUGGGGGCAUAUGCUAAUUUUCAUACGAGCAAACGUGAUGGCGACGGUUACCGUCCUCUGCUAUUAUCAUCUGAUAGCGCAGAACUGUGGUGAGCUCAUUAUACAGAACGUGCUGGACGACGUCUAGCAUUUUGUUUGCUUCAAAUGAGUAGUCUACCCCAAAGACAUCACGCUUACUCGAAGACACAGCGAUAAUUACGUAUGCGUAAUGCUUGAAACCACGUUGGAAGGAAGCUGCAGCACGCACUGAUUGCAAGUGUGGAGGGAGGUACACCAUAUAACUGUCUGUCGUCUCCGAUCGCUUGUCUGCCCACACCAGCUUUUUGGGCUAUAUAGACAGCGCCGAUGUGGCAGGUAGGCGAACUAAUGAGGCUCGUGCACAUGACGUCACGCGCAGCCUUUGGGCGCUUUUGAGCCACGUGACCUGUAAAACAUGGGGAUGCGUCACAGGCACCCUACUGUGGGCCGAAUGCAGCAGCAGCGUGUGUUUCUACAAUUUCCUGUCGCAAGUGCAUGUAUACCGCAACAACUCACGGCAUGCUCUCCUACUGUGACUCCGGUGCGGCAAUACCCUUUCCCAUAUCACGUGACCAAACGUGACGUCACUGCACAAGUCUCAUUGCACGGUGCAGCUUUUUCUUGGUCGCUUUCAGGCCUGGUGUGACACAUGGAGGCCUAGACAUCUGGGCCUACACUUAUCUGAGAUUUGACUCAACCGUGUUGUCUUUUAGACAGCCUUCUCCGGUCUUACGAGGUACUCGUUGUUUUCGGGACAUGUAUUUAUUACUGCAAAAUAUCAAUUGGUUCUGGUUGUGCUACAGUUGAUAUGCAGUUUAUAUAGUUGAUACAGCUGAUAUGUACUCAUACGAGGUGUUCAAGGCGUGUACGGCAUAUAGGUCCCCUGCUUGCUGUUUCGUCAGGCAUCGAAACGUGAAAACUUGAAGAACAAAAAUCCGGCAGCGCAUGCAUCCGCAAAAGCCGCAUAUCAAAUUAGAUGGGAAGUCUAGAUUCGGAAAAAUGUUUAAGGAAAUAUUAUGGAAGCGUUUGUCAUAUGGUCACUGGGUCAGGUUCGUACACUGGCCUAAAGAAACAAACUGCUCUUGUUAGGGAUGUGCCAUACCUUUAGGCGUGUUUCUUCAUGUCACGAAAUACGGAAGCACGGGACUGUAAAAAACUCAAAUAGAAGAACACUGACUACAAAGUAGCAGCCGGGCUUGCUUGUGGACUCCAAAGCGCACCACAGAAGUAUAUACAUGAUUAAUGCUCGUGUACAUAAAUAGCUUUAAAAUGGGGCGCACGUUUAAUAUCAGUCUACACAUAUCUAUUAACGAUAUAGAUUUAGCGACCUACAAGUUAAUAUCAUAUACUUCCCUCUCUUUCUCUCUUUCCGGAGUUGUAAACAUUUUCUAAACUUUUAGUGUUUUAACAAAGUCGCUGCCUUUCAAUAACCUUUACGUGGGACCAACGUUUGGGACUGCGUAUGAAACUAUACCUUCUCGUUCAGUGAUCGUACAGGACGCUGCGUGGAUGAAUACGCCUAUAGACUUCGCUUUCAGUUUGAAAUAGCUGGACAACUUGGACGAACCUCGUGUUGCAUAUUUCGCACCGCAGGCUCCCUACGACGCAAACACGUUUUGGUGAUGUACCGAUUAGCCAGUUAUUUACCCCCCAGACAUCGGCGGCACGCCGCUGAAGACAUCAAACCCACCUACCCUCAAGCGGGUCCUUUUUGCAAAAACGCCAUCUUGUCAUGGCCACACGUCAUAGGCAACGUCAUUUUGAGGCCGUGUGACUUUGUUUACCUGCCAUGUUCGUGCUUGCCGACACAUUUGCGUUGGCGUAAAACCACGAGAUGGACGUUUUUGCCAGCGUAAACGAUACGGUGCUUGUUCAGUGACAUGGUGGCCCAUUUCUCCUUAGUAUAAGUAUAUCGCAUCGGAAGAGGGGCGUCUUAACGCGGGAUUGUCAUCAAAUCUUCGGUGGCAAACAGUACGAGGCCUUAUAUGUGCAAAUAUGUGCGUUUAACGACGAGAUUAUCGGAUAAAAAUAAUUACCAUGUCGGAGGACGUUCAAAACGGCGGAGAGGAACAGCAAACGCGGCCAUCUUUAAGGUCCCGUGUGUGUUUGACGUUUCCUGUGACGUGUGACCAGGACCAGUACGGAAUUCAUUGCGUUCGCCCAGCAGGCUUUCGUCUAUAGAUCCCGCUUUCACCACUACCGGUUUGGUGCCAAAACGGCAUCCGGUUUCACGGCAAACACGCUCUGCGCCAACCACUGGGCCGAUUGAUACAGUUGUCGCUUCUGAUUUGAGGAGAGAGAUGGUCGUAUACGCCUUUUUGUGGCAAUUCAAACUGCCACAAAAAGGCGUACGCCUCCCGUUCUCAACAAAUCUGGAAAGCGAAAGACAUAAUUCUGCAUGGCGGCUGGUUUCGAGCGUCCUUAGUCGCAGGACCGCAAGUCUUCGUGGUACCGGAAGUUGUGGCGGGGGCUUGUUUAUGUUUACCAGAUAACGUCAUGUAUUGAGCAAUACGUUGGUUUCCUAGGGAACUCUGUUGAUAUUUGACUCAAUGCCGGGACACAAGGGUCUCAAUUGAAGCCAGUGUGGAUUGAGCAUGCGCGCAGCGCCACCCAGCGUGUAACGUGUCAAUCUCUUAGGCAGCAUUGGAUCCAAUGCUUCUUGAGAGGUUGACACGUUACACAUUCGGUGGCGCUACGCGCAUGUUUAUGGCCGUUGGUUUCAAUGAUCAUUGAGACUCCUGGCGUGACAAGGGUGAAAACAACGGAAUAAAACUCAGGGAAAACAGAUAGCACAGUCGCAUUAGCCGCUUUUCGUUUCAUACCGAAUUGCAGCACGAAACCACUAAAGGGACACUAAUGUGAAUGCUAAAAAAUGGUGUAUGUUUUGCUGGUCGCUUGCAACUUGAAUGCUUCAAAUACGUAAUAGCUCCGUUCUACACUCAGCAGUUAUUCAGAAAUCAAUUUUCAGGGAUUGCAUCGAAAAACAGAAGUUGCGGAGUCCCUCGUCUGGCAACGCUGACACUCCUCGUGGCGCCAUCUUUCGGGAACGCAUGCAACGAUGCUAGCUAACUAGUCCGAAACCACUAUCCUUUUAGCGUGUUGUCCCUCGGAAUCUUGUGACGCGUGACGCCUGUCUUCGAAGAUGCACGGUUGGUGCAUCUCAGGACACUACAGACGCAGACGAGAUAUCCGUGCGAAUCGGCUGGAAGGGAAAUGUUUGCAUACAACAACGACAGGAAAGCGACGUACACGUUCUGUGCGUUACUUUCUGGUUAAACAUGUCACGCGAUAUCUAACAAUAAGGCGGGUGGGGGGGGGGGGGUGACGAUCAAUAAG